CUUCAGUGGGUGCCUUGGCUCGAAGAGCUCUGAUUUAAUUACUGAAGCCACAUUUUUGAAUCUAUUGUAGCCUACGUUAUAGGAUCGUCUAAAAGCCUAUUUAAGAAACGCUGCCUAUACUUGAAGGAUGGAGGCGGACAAUGAGACCUCGACACACUGGGGAGGACAAGACAGAGGGGAAAAGCAAAGACUCUGCUCAAGCAGGAGUUUGGCUGACUCCGGAUCCCCUAAAAAACAUCAGGGAGCUCAGAAAAUAAGGUCGUAUGACUGCUUUCGGUGCGGGAGAAGUUACUCUAAUUCUUCGCACCUCAGUCGCCAUCAGAAAACUCAUUCCGAAGAGAAACCUUACCUCUGCUCAGAUUGUGGGAAAGCGUUUAUAGAGUUGAGUAAAAUGAAUGAACACAAGAGAGUUCACUCUGGAGGUAAUAAAUCUUAUAAUGUUACAUGCCCACAAUGUGGGAGACUUUUUUCCAAUCCAUCUAACCUCAUUCGUCAUCAGAAAACUCAUACUGGAGAUAAACCUUAUACGUGCCUGCAGUGUGGGAAAAGUUUCUCCAGUGCAUCAAAUCUCACUCGCCAUCAGAAAAAUCAUAGCGAAGAGAAGCCUUACUGUUGCUCAGCUUGUGGGAAAGCCUUUUCUAAGUUGAGUAAAAUGGAAGAACACCAGAGAAUCCACACUGGAGAGAAGCCUUAUGUGUGCCUGCAGUGUGGGAAAGGUUUCUCAAAGCCAUCGUUUCUCACUAGUCAUCAGAAGAGUCAUACUGAAGAGAAAUCUUACUGCUGCUCAGAUUGUGGGAAAGACUUUUGCAAUGGGACUAGAUUGAGAUUACACCAAAGAGUCCACACUGGAGAGAAGCCUUAUAAAUGUACAUCUUGUGGGAAAAGGUUCACCUUCAUGAACGGUCUUACAGUACACCAGAGGAUUCACACUGGAGAGAAACCGUAUCCUUGCACAGAGUGUGGAAAGAGAUUUACUACCUCAAGUGCUGUAAUAAGUCAUCGCAAAGUGCACAGUAAAGACAAACCGUAUGUCUGCACACAGUGUGGGAGUAGGUUUGCGAGAUUAGCUGAAUGGAAAACCCAUAACAGGCUUCACACUGGAGAGAAACCUUACCAUUGCACUCAGUGUGACAAACUUUUUUCUCAGCCUUCUCAUCUAAAAACUCAUUUGAGGAUGCAUGCUGGAGAGAAGCUCUUUCACUGCACACAUUGUAACAAAGACUUUUCUCAGAGUAGCCAUCUGAAGGUCCACCUGAUGAUACACACUGGAGAAAAGCCUCAUCAGUGCCCUCAGUGUGGAAAGUCUUUUGCCUUAUCGGGCACUCUUAAGUGUCACCUCAGAGUCCACACUGGAGAGAAACCGUACCCCUGCUCUGAAUGUGGAAAGUGCUUUUCUCAGUGUAGUGAACGUAACACUCACGAACGAAAAAAGAACUGUAGUAACUCAGAUGGCCUUCAAAGACAUCUGAAAAUACAGGGAAAACGCUGAUGGAUUCGUCAGUGGCCACUCAAUGUAUUACUUUUCGUUUACAACAAUGUGUUUUGCAAAGAGAGAAUGACUUGGCAUUUAGUCAGAAUACCAUGAAGGUUCUAAUGUGAUGUUUGUUUAUCUUAUCUAAUUUGAUAAGGUCUUAUGAUUUACCCUGGUUACUUGUUUUCAUUAAUUUGGUCCCUGCGCAUAUAUUGCACACAUAUCCACAUAUAUAUAGGCUAUAUUAUUAAGAUACAAGAUUUUAAAUGCAUCAUCACCCCCUAAAAUAUCUGUAUUGCUUAUCUGUAGAUCUAUUUUGUUCUAUUUUUGUUCUAUACAAUAUGUGUGAUCCAUUUGUGUCCUCAGUAUAUAUUAUAUAGAAAAAUACACAGCUGAUGCAAGGUUUGGAAUCACAAUAAUGUCAAUUUGAAAGAAUUUUUUUUUUUUUUUUAUAAAUAACCUUGGUUUAGGAUUGAUGGUUAGAAUUAUUUAAAAAUAAAUAAAUAAUUUGUCUAUUUAUGUGAUAUAAAAAGCCGCCCAUCAUACCUGUCUUUCAUUAAAGCAUGGUGUUAACUAACUAAUUGCCACCAGCUUUUUGAUGUAACCUUGCAGUGCUGUUCAAGUCAGCUUCAUAAAUCACAUGAGCAGCGAUAGAAAGACAUUUUGCUAGAAAUACAUCUUUAUUUCUGAUUCAGAUUAUUUUAUGAAGUCAACAAUUAUUAGUAAUCAUUUGAAAGUCUUUGAAGCAAAAAUGAAUGUGUAGUUCAGGAACAAAUAAAAUGAUGAAAAUAAACAAACGAAAGAAAUACAUCUGCUGCAUUACUUGUUUUAAGAGGACCAAUUCGCAAACAAUAAAGACAACAGAUUAUGCAGUGUAUUGUGCCGGAUUUGAUUUUCUUAUUUCUGAUCAGUAUUGGAAGUAAAUAAAUGCAGUACACACACCCGUACACAUGAUGACAGAACUUCUAAUAUGUUUUUUUCCCACUUGCAUAGUUUAGGUAGGACCAGUGGUGGGUAUAACGGGCUACAAGUAAAGUGAACAGCACCUUUCCAUAUUCCUUUCUUUAAAAUUGUACAUGUACUUCUACUCUUACUCAAGUAAGUUUUUGAGCCACACAUCUACUCUUUACUCCACUACAGUUUCGAGUAGAAGUUUAUUAUCGAAUGAUAAAGUAUCUCGAGGGAGAAAAGCGCAUCCCUCCCUCGGUGCACAGCAGUGUGGGAGAAAAGAAACAGGGCUACAGAAUGCAUUGCUACGUUGCCACCUGAUUAUGAAGUUAAUGACUGGCCUAUGUAGACUCAGACGAUGUUGUAGCCUACUACACAGAUAUUUUAUAUAUCUAACAGCUCAGUGAAGGCAAUGACAUCCUGCCAGCUGCUGCAUCUUCUGGUGAGAUUGCCAAAGUAGCAACAAGACAAGAGGUAUGACAUGACACAGAAACUUAUAUCCUAUAUUCAUU